AUGACUUAUUUGUUUAUGAAUCUAUCUAUCUAUCUAUCUAUCUUUCUCAGUCUGUUCAUUUUCUAUCUUUCAUUCACUCACUCCAUAUUGCAGUCUUUUCUUAUCUAUCUAUCAAUAUAUUUUCACCCAUCCAUCUAUUUGUCUAUGUCUAUUCAUAUCUAUCUAUCUAUCAGUAUAUUUUCACCCAUUCAUCUAUCUAUCAAUAUAUUUUGGCCUGUUCACAUCUAUCUAUCCCUCUAUAAAUCUACCUACCUAUCUAUGUCUAUUCAUUAUCUAUCAGUAUAUUUUCACCCAUUCAUUUAUCUAUCUAUCUAUCAAUAUAUUUUGGCCUGUUCAUCUAUCUUCCUAUCUAUCUAUCUUCCUAUUUAUCUCAGCCUCUACAGCUCUUCAUAUCUAUCUAUCUAUCUCUCUAUAAAUCUGUCUUGGCCUGUUCAUCUAUCUAUCUAUAUAUCUGUCUACCUACAUCUCUUCAUAUCUAUCUAUGUCUAUUCAUAUCUAUCUAUCUAUCAAUAUAUUUUGGCCUUCUAUCUAUGUCUUUUCAUAUCUAUCUAUCUCUCUAUAAAUCUAUCUUGGCCUGUUCAUCUAUCUAUCUAUAUAUGUCUGUUCAUAUCUAUCUAUACCCCUAUAAAUCUAUCUAGCUGUCUACCUAUGUCUGUUCAUAUCUAUCUAGUUCUAUCUACGUCUGUUCAUAUCUAUCUCUCUAGCUAUCUACGUCUGUUCAUAUCUAGCUAUCUACGUCUGUUCAUAUCUAGCUAUCUAUGUCUGUUCAUAUCUAGCUAUCUACAUCUGUUCAUAUCUAUCUAUCUAUGUCUGUUUAUAUCUAUCUAUCUAGCUAUCUACAUCUGUUCAUAUCUAUCUAGCUAUCUACAUCUAUUCGUAUCUAUCUAUCUAGCUAUCUACAUCUGUUCAUAUCUAUCUAGCUAUCUACAUCUAUUCGUAUCUAUCUAUCUAGCUAUCUACAUCUGUUCAUAUCUAUCUAUCUAG